CUUCUCAGUGUCCAUAGAGAGAAAAUUCCUGCCACGUGUUAUCCAGAGACAUUAAGUCCUAUUCUUCUUUCACAGGCCGAUCCGAAGGAGCUGAUUCGACUGGUCACGCAGCAUGUCUCCUCAUAUUCGGCCUGGCCAGAGGAGCUGCAGAAGCUAAUCAGCCAGCUGUACGUGUACAAUGAGCGCCUGACAGACUUCACUCAGGCUCAGGUGUUGCAGGGCCUGGGCCGGGGAGUGGACGUGCAGCGCUUCAGCUCUGACUUGGAGUACAAGAAAAACACUAUUCUCGGCCUCACAGAGACACUGGAUGACAGCGUGUACAGGAUUGCUUUAUCCCUGGCAAAGCGUUACUCCGUCCCUCUGUGGGAGGUCUACAUGACCCACCUCGAGUUCCUCUUUACAGAAAGCAGGUGCAUGCACACAUACAUAAUCACAUUAGCUCUUUGUGAUUUUCUUACUUUUUUUUUCCUUCCUUUGGUGUUUUAUUGUAGUAGAUAUGCACAAAAUAAUCAUCCAGAGAUUAGAAUUGUCUAAUUCACCUGCUCUGAUGGUUGAUUGGAAGGUCUAAUACUAAAGAAAUUGAAGACUUUUUUUUUUUAACCUUUGUUCAUUACAUUCGUCAAACUCAAGAAUCGUUAACCCUUUUUAGUCUAUAAAUGCAUCAGCCAACAACAUGCACUUUGAGUUUUAUAAAAAAAAAUCUCUAAGGUUAGGAACAAACGAUGCAUAAGUGGGGAUAAUAUUGCUUUCUAUGCAAUUCAGAACCAAUAGCUUUAUCAGAGAAGAACAUUUUCUCACUAAUGUAUUAUCCUAAUAGAUAAAAUGAUUAAAAAUAAUUGAUUGAAAUCAAAAAUCACUGAUAAGCGUAUCAUUAGUUUGUAGGUUUACAGCACUUCUCCACAACAUUAUCAUAAAAAACAAAACAA